CGAUACUUAAGUGUCUCUAUCUAGGUAUGAACCGAUUACAAGCAGUACAACGGCUUUCGCGUGGUUUUGCUUCUGCAGCUCCCAAGUCAAGCACGGGAAUCGAGCAUGCUGAGCAAUUUGCCAAACUUGGAGGAAAGAAACCGGACUGGAAGCUAUAUAAGGUACAAAACUACCUAAAUAACGAUAAGUACACAUAUUAUCAAGCUGAGAUUGAAUUACAAAAAUAUCGUCUUCCGCAGCCAUCAAACAAGAAGCCUGAUGUGCUACCCAAAGUGAAGGUCGAAGCAGCUCCUGCUAAGCCUGAAGUGUAUAAAACGAAGUAGAAGAGAAAGUAGUCAUUAGUUAGUAGUGGAAUAAACUGUGACUCCUA